UUUCAUUUCAGAUAACUGAUUAAUUUUAAUAAAGAUAAUAUAUACGAUUUCACUGUGAUUUUAUAACAAACGAUUACCAAAGAAUAUAACGAUUUUUGGGUGAAAUAAAACCGAGAAUAAAAAGGAAACAUAGUAAGAAUAUUUUGCCAUGGCCGCAAGGGCAUGUGAUUUUAGCUCUUUCAAAAGGCCUCCUAAGCCAUUGAAUACGGAUUCACUAAAGACUACUUCUGACGGGACUACAUCUCUGAAGUCGAAUGAGCUCAACCAUAGCGUUGACGGAUCAGCAGAAAUGGAUGGAUAUCCAAGCCGGAAAUACAUGACGUCACAAUCAGUGGAUCCGAAUAUGACGGCAAGAGGAGCAAAUUACGACUAUUUUAGCGGCAGUAUGUCGACGUUCAAGGACGCUAUGUCUCCCGCAAAUUUAUCGCCCACGCCGAUUUCAACCUUUUCCAAUCAGAAUGUGGAUUCAUAUUCAAGUUUUCAGAGAACACCGAAAGCUAAUCAUUCUUCGACAAUAGACAGGACCACUCUCCCCUACGACAGAAGGCAUAAAAUGUCAAAGUUCAAUCCCAAUGGAAGAGAAACCCCAAACAGGCAAGAUGAAAGUGGUGUCGGAUCGGGAUUGCUGUUCUUAGAUGGCGGCCGAAGAGGUGUAAUGAAUGCCGACUCGCAGCAUAGUCUUGAUGACUCACUAAGUGGAAGGCGAAUGGAUCGAUCACUCGCCAAAGGGAGGAACGAGCUAUCAGCCGCUGAUAACGACCUCACAAAUGGCGGUGCAACGCCUCCGUACAACGGAGCAUUGCAGUAUACUCAAGUUGGCAGCAUGCCCACAAGAAGCCAUCAUGGCGCCUAUGCUGCAAACCAUGGGACGCCAUACGAUGUUUAUUAUUCGCCGCCUUACGUUGAUAACGGAUUGCCUGUGCAAUCAAAUACCACGUAUCAAGAUUACCAUAACGAGACUCCUGUUGGGCCAAACAACUCGCACCAUAACGUCUCAUCUGGUGAAAGUGGUAUCGCAGGAUGUGAAUUCAACACCCUAGGUAUGUCAUAUGACACAUACGGACCCGCUGGUACUGGAUAUGGUUACAAUGCUGCAGCUGCUAAGAAAAGCGUUGCAAGAGGUUAUGAGUCUCCUGUUGCCUACGGAAACGAACAAGGUGACGUCAUGAAUGACGUCGGUAGUCAACAAUCCAGAUUGUUGCAAAGGACAAUUGAAAGCAGAGGUUCAAAUGGAGAGAGCAGUAAAAGUUCACGCGGAGAUAAUGGCUCUCUGGCGCACCGUGAAGAAUACGGACAACGGGCUUUGCUUCUGCCUACAGAAUCAGCUCUGCGCCUGGGGUCUGGGUCAGAUGCACCUGAUAACGGGGUAACGAUAUACGAACACAAUGACAGUUUUACGGCAGGAACGGGGAGCUAUUCUAAUCCCCAGAAGUCUUCCAUACCAAGAAUUAACAGUCGCACCUCUGCUCAAGGAAGAAAAGGGUCAUUUAAUCCAUUUAAAAAAGAUAAGACCCCGACAGACCCAAUUUACCGCGGUAACAAUUUGUACAGUACGAAAAAUAAGAAAUCAACGAAGCAUAACUCACACGUGACCUUGGGAAGCAGUGGUCUUGCUUCUACUGGACUUGGGUUUUCUAAAACAUCCUACGUAUCAACGAAACGACCGUUUUGUCCAAGAUGGCAGUGCAUUGCUCUCACUGUCGCUAUCGGUAUUACUGUAUUCUUGGCGAUUGGACUUAUUGUGUAUUUUUAUGUAUGGCCAUCAGUUCUACAACCUUUGGUAGAAUCGUCUCAACCAGUUGAUGGCGAAUGGGGUUCCUGGCGGCCUUGGUUUCAGUGUAGCGCAUCUUGCGGUGAAGGCAUCCAAAACAGAACUCGUGAAUGCGAUUCCCCAAGCCCUGAAGAUGGUGGUAAAGAAUGCGAUGGCCUGAAAUAUCAAAUAAGAACUUGCAACGCACCAAUAGAGUGUCCAGAUUGUUCGAGGAUUUGUGACGUUGGAACAUUGAGCAAAGAUUGUAGACGUUGUACCUGUGAAGGUCAUAUUAUAACUGGAAAAAUAACGGACGAAUAUGAAAAUCCAUUACCCGGAGUUAAAAUUUAUAAAGGAGACGGAGCAACACUUUUACUCGGUGGGACAAAUAAUGAUGGAAAAUUCCAAUUUGAAGGCGUCUGUUCUAACGGUGACAACGAACUUCGGUUGGAGAAGGAAAUGUAUCGGAUAAGUCUAGUUCAUCCUACACAAUCUAAAACCGACCAAAAGGCGGGAUUUGUAUCUUUCUCAAUGACAAGAUUAUUUUUACCAACAUUCACGUUGGCACCUACCAAUGAAGAACGGUUAGCAGAUCAGAAGGUAGUAUUAUGCUGUGAAGCUGAAAGCGAGCAACCGCCAAGCAGAUACAUUUGGUAUAAAGAUAAUUCUCGUCUCGACCCAUCAGUGUAUGGUUAUUCAUUGGAAAAUCCAAGUCUCAUAUUACCGGAGUUAAUGGUAUGGGAUGGUGGUCAAUAUGCCUGCGAAGUACAAAACGAAGCAGGUGUUGUUAAGUCGGAUCCAGCAACUUUAACAGUAUAUGGUAAUUGGACAGAUUUAUGCGACCCAAAACCGAGAGAUAAAUUCGUUCCAUUACCGGAAGGUUGUUCACAGACAACUUUCAACACUGGAGCAUGUGGUAAUGAGAAAGCUACUGGAACGUUGCCAGAUUCCGUGGAUGACGAAAAUAAUUUCGCUCGUUGUAUUGAGAAGAACCAAUAUCCAAACGAUUCUCCAAAUGACGUUUGUACUGAAGAAAAACAAGAUCAAGCGUUGCGUGACAAGUAUUGUUGCAAGCCACUCGAAGAAGAAGAAGUCACUGUAUCGUGUAAAUUACAAGAAUUGACAUAUAAUAUGUCUUUGAAAAGAAUUUUAUCCUGCGGUUGUACUAUUUGUGAAUAAUGUGUGAGAAAUUGGAAUAUUUUCAGUAUUUAAAAAUUGUUUGCGAGAGAAUUCGAUUAAAAUUGAAGGCUUGUGGUUGCGUUAUUGAGCAAUGUGCUCGCGAAUUGAGAAGAGAGGAAUAUAAAAAAUGUAGUCGAGAGACGUCUUGCGUAAUAUGACGUAGUAUUGCCUGGCCUCUCUUUUGAGAUUUGUUAUGCAAAUGCAACGCCCAUUUUUGACUAUAAUCAUGCUAUUUCCUCAUCUGUCACGCGUUGCCAGAAAAAAGCGACUAAAACCAUUCACUUGUACAUCCAAAUUUCCGUUCUGAUUGUAUUUGAUUCAUUCAUUAAGAGCAAACUUAUUGCAUAUUGGGAUAUAUUUUGUUUAGACUUAUUAUUCUAAAUUCCAUUCACGUGAUUGCUUGUCUAGCACUAAUUUAUUUCAUUUUAACGAACCGACGGCAAUCAUCAUUUAAUUUCAGCGCCCUUUUUAUUGCUCUGUCUUUAUCGCCUUCAUAUUUUGUUGUUGAUUGUCCAAUCGUAGGGCGCAAUAGUUUACCUAGAGUAAUUUGAAGUCACAAAGUAUUCUUUUGAAAUCAAUCAUUUUAUUUUUGCUAUUUGCUAAUCUGUCUUGUUUAAUACCGAAUUCUCUUCCGCAACCAAUUGCAUCCAUUUAAUACUUGUGCAUGAUCAUAUUUCAUGAAAUAUAAAGAGAGCAAUGAGUAGGUUUAUUUUACUCGUGGUGAAUUUCGUUUUCACUUUUUCUUGUUUAUUUAUCUGUCAAUUUUAUUCGCAAAAUAAGAAGAAUUAAUUCCAAAAUGUA